AUGGUGGAGCCUCAAGAAAUAUCGGUUGCGAGCUUAAUCCAGUCAUUCAAGUCACUCCAAACGUCCGAAGACGACCGGAGCCUGUCAACCCAAAGGAGUUUGGUCGUCCAGGCGUUCAAGAGUUUGAUAGCCCAAUGUCCUUCGAUCUGUUUCCAGCCGUGUUCAUCGACUCAUGAGGAAAACCUGCCCACGUUAUUCCAGCAAGUCGAGUUGCGAACAGAGCUCUGGAACCGGCUCAAAUCGGGCCUGCUACCUUCCUUACGACAUCGGAUCACCGCGCUCUCACUAUCACUAGAUCCAUGCGACCUACGCAAAGACCCUGCCGGAAAACUCAAGCAAGUUCUCGAAAUCCUCAGCGAAUUGGAGCAGACCUUGGUCCAGGUCAAAGCCUCUAUCGCGACCAUCGCCCCCGUUUUAAAGCCAUCAGCCGUGUCCGAUGACGCCCACUUGAAACAUCUGAAGGCGUUCAGAUGUGGCCGAGUUCGGCUCACAGUGGAAACUCUGGUCAGGGUGCUCUCCGAACUCUUUCAGAGCUGUGUGAGAUUUACAGAGAACCUGGGAGACGCGCCGGGUCAGGAAGCUGGCUGCAGAGACGAAGUGCUUUCUGUCACAUCGAUGGAACAAUGGGAAUCCGAAGUCGGCUUGGUGGACGACGCCCUGGAUGAAUUGACUGAGCUGAUCAAUCGAACCGGCCCGGAAGAAGCCAAUAAAUCGGGGGCAGACUCUUCAAGUGAAGACGACGACGACGAUUACUUCCGGGAUUCCGACUCUCCUCCGAGUGAACAGGUCCUUCAACUCGCUCGAUCGACCCUACAGAUCAUCAAACUCGCCCGAUUGUUUCUCAACAAACUCUCCAAAACAACGGUCAGGAAGGAAGCCUGCAGGAUGGUUACGGAGAUGAGUUCUUCUCAGCUGGAGUCGUUACUGUCAUCGACGCGCUCGAUCUCGCGGAACAUCGAUGAGAUCGUGUGCACCUUGGGGGAUGCUGAUGAGCACGACCAAGCUUUCACGACGGACUUUCUGAUCGAAUUCGGCCAGAAUCUUUCCGAGUCUUUCGAGCAGAUCCAGCGGGCCUUGGAGCGCUACCUUAUCCCCUUGAUCGCAGAAGACACCCCGUCUGCGUCUUCUAAAGUAACCUCUCAGACUUGGUUUGCUGAAUGGAACAAGCACUUCCUCUCGGCUACUCAAAACUAUACCCAGAAUGUCAAUUCAUUCCAACGAAAUGCCUCUUGA